GUUGUGUCAACGGCAAGUGGUCGGAGGAACCAUGGGCGUGGACCGGCGACAGUCGACGAAAAUGCCAGCGACCAACCAGCAAGCGCCCAUGACGCCUCGGACGUCGCUCUGGAAGGACGCAAUACGGCGCCCGUGGAAGCGCGAGCCGGCCACGCCUGGCCACCGCGCCGAGCUCUGCGCCGCGAUCGGGCGCUGCCACCCGCGCACGCUCCUCGAAAGCGUCGUCCUCCAAGGCGGCGUGCACCACACGCAGAUCGUGUUCGCCGUGAGCAAUGGCCGGCCGCUCAAGCGGUCGUGCAUCGACGUAUCGCUCACGUGGUACCGCGCGCAGCGUGGCGGCGAGUUCCACGUCGUGCCGUUCGCCAACGACGACUGGUACCAGCCAACCGCCGAGGACAUUGGCGCGACGCUGCUAUUGCACAUGCGCGCCUCGAGCAGCGACGGUGACGUUGUCGUCAACUGCGCCGAGUUUGGCCCGAUCGUUGAAGAUCCGACGAUCCGAUCGCAUGUGGAAAACAUCAUCGAGUCCCGCACCGCCUUCUUCACGAAUUUGCACAUUGCACCGAGCAACCACCACGAAAUCGCCAAAGAUGACACGUGGUCGCUGCUCAUUGACGACAAGCGCGUGCGCAUUAGCUGCGAGUCGUCGCUCAUCCCGCCGUUUGAGGCCCUCUACUCGUCCGAAUUGCAGAUCGCCAUGGCGCCGCAACACCCCAACGGCUUUCUCCUCGCCAUGGGCCACGACACGCGCGUGCCGACGCCGCUCCACCUCAAAGUCGAUUCGAAUCGAACACGUGACAUUAUCUACCUCGUCUUUACGGCGUUCAAGGCCCAAGCGCUGCGCUGCCAAGCCCACUCAGACGCGGUCUCGACCGGUCAGUCGCCGCUUCUGGCGCUUCGCACCGUCGUGUCGCCGACCAAAGAGGUAUAUGCGCUGCCGUGGCACCAAAAGUCAGUGAGCGUGCGGCCGCGCAAGCCGACCGUGCUCACGCCGUCGGGCAGCAGUGACGACGACGAGUCAUUGCGAGACGACGACGACGACGACGAGAAUUAUGCGGACGACGACGACGACUACCUUUGCUCGGCACUGCUGCAGGACGUCGAUGCGUUGCUGCUCGGGCACUCCGGUCUCAAGGUCGUCGCCGAACCCCUCGACGACGACGUUGCACGCCUCAAAGCGAGAAUCGAGGAGCUUGAGAUGCAGUUGGCCCACGGGCUUCAGCAGGACCACGGCGCAAGGCAAUAAUUGUCUAUAAAUCGUAAUAAAUCAUGAC